AUGGGCGGCUCAAAUUCUACCCUCGGUGUCGAGACAUGCAUACAGAGCGUUUGUAAUGGACGCUUUGAGUGCUACCAUAUCCCGAGCAGCAACGCCGACAUAGCCUGGACAAAACUAUACAAUCUCGACCUUCCGCGAUAUCCUCAGAUAAUCGUUCGUCCCAACAAUGCGACUGAGGUUGCGGGGGCAGUGAAAUGCGCAAACGAGAAUGGCUUCAAAGUCCAAGCUAGAUCUGGCGGGCACUCUUAUGGCUUCCAGAUGGACAACACUACAUGGCAAGCGAGUGUUGGAUCGGGAUUUAGGUUGGAUGGACUCGAUAAACUUCUUCAUGCAAAUGGCGGCAGGGCUAUUGCACACGGUACUUGCCCAGGAGUUGGAGUUGGAGGACAUGCAACUGUGGGAGGACUAGGCCCCAUGUCCCGAAUGUGGGGAGCCGCGCUCGACCAUGUCCUGGAAGUCGAGGUCGUUACAGCUGACGGCGGAAUAAUUCGAGCCAAUGAAAACCAACAUGAAGACCUGUUUUGGGCCAUCCGAGGUGCUGGAGCCAGCUUUGGCAUCGUCACUGAGUUUGUCUUCAAGACACACCCUGAGCCUGGCAGCGUCGUUGAGUACACUUACAGCUUCAGCUUCGGUAAUCAGAAGGACAUGGCACCGGUAUUUGCAAAAUGGCAGGAGCUGGUGUACGAUCCUAAUCUUGACCGACGCUUUUCAACACUGUUCAUUGCGGAGCCUCUUGGCGCGCUCAUCACCGGCACGUUCUACGGUACGAAAGAGGAAUUCGAUAAAACAGGGAUUCAGCAGAGAAUUCCUGGCGGCGGAGUCAUCAAUCUUGCUAUUGUGGAUUGGAUGGGAAGCUUGGCUCACAUUGCAGAGACGACCGCGUUGUAUCUGAGCGAUCUCUCUACGCCAUUUGCUAGCAAGUCGUUGGCAUUCGACAGAAACGACAAGUUGAGCAACGAUUCCAUCAAUGGAUUGUUCAAUUACAUGGGCAGCACUGAUCCACAGACCUUGCUUUGGUUUAUCAUCUUCAACUCGGAGGGAGGCGCCAUGGCAGACACUGCAUACAACGCCACUGCCUACCCUCAUCGCGAUGCGAUCAUGAUGUACCAAUCCUAUGCCAUUGGAAUUCCGGCGCUACUUCAAGGGACCAGAGAUUUUGUGUCUGGCGUUCAUCAACGGAUUAAGCAGGCAGCUCCUGCAGCUAACACGACGUAUGCUGGAUAUGUUGAUGUUUCAUUGAGCAAGACAGACGCCCAGUGGACGUACUGGGGUGACAAGGUGCCGAUACUGCAGCAGAUUAAGCAGCGUUACGAUGCUGGUAACAUUUUCCAGAAUCCUCAGAGUGUUGAUUUGCCAUGA